AAGUGUUAAAGUGAAUUAAAAAAAAAGUGAAAAAUGACUGGUCGCGGUAAAGGUGGAAAAGGCUUGGGAAAAGGUGGCGCUAAACGUCAUCGCAAAGUGUUACGUGAUAAUAUCCAGGGCAUUACCAAGCCAGCUAUUAGACGUUUGGCUCGUCGUGGUGGUGUAAAACGUAUUUCUGGAUUGAUUUACGAAGAAACUCGUGGUGUUCUGAAAGUGUUCCUGGAAAACGUUAUUCGUGAUGCUGUCACCUACACCGAACACGCUAAGCGUAAAACCGUCACUGCUAUGGAUGUCGUCUACGCUUUGAAGAGACAAGGUCGUACUUUGUACGGUUUCGGCGGUUAAAUAUUUUCUUGACGCUAUUUGGAGAAAUCUUUUUUUACAACAAACCAAUCGGUCCUUUUCA